GCCAAAUUUUUCUUCAACUUCAACUGCCAUGGAUCAAUACGGAGAACCAACUGCUCCUUCAGUGGACCCUUACUCAGAUGCCUACAAUGCACCUGCACCCACUGCUACAUCAGAACCCAGAGACCGGGACGCCGCCCCGCCACGCGGUCGUUCUCGUUCGAGAAGUCCUGGAGCCCGCAGCACCGGUUACCGUAGUCCUACUCAAAAGCGCAGGUCUCCGCCUCCUAAAAAGCCAACACAUGCACCAAUUAAGGCGCCCAACCCCUCCCAAGUUUUGGGGGUCUUUGGAUUAAGCAUUAGGACACAAGAGCGGGAUUUGGACGAAGAGUUCUCUCGCUUUGGAAGAGUAGAAAAAGUAACGAUUGUGUACGAUCAGAGGUCCGACCGCUCUCGUGGUUUCGGCUUUAUCAGAAUGUCCAGCACUGAAGAAGCUACUCGCUGCAUUCAGGAACUCAACGGAGUCGAACUGAAUGGACGUCGUAUUCGGGUCGACUAUUCUGUCACUGACAGACCGCACGCACCAACCCCCGGCGAAUAUAUGGGGCAUCGUCGUUCGACUAGGGACACUUACUCAGGCUCAGGGCGCGAUUCGUACCACCGCGACUCCUACCGUGACUCAUAUCGUGACCGCGAUCACCGCCGUUCCGAUCGCGAUAAAGACAGGGACCCUUACGGUCGCGACAGCCGUGAUUGGCGCGAUCGUCGCAGCCCUCGUCGUUACUCACCUGAUUACAGAAGGCGAGGGAGCUACUCCAGGAGUCCUCCUAGGGGUAGUAGCCCUCGCAAGGAUUUUGAUGGGCCUUCAGGCACUGGUGCGACAAGCUCUUCUAACCAGGCUGAAAACGGUAGUCGUUGGUGAUGGUUCAUCUGUCAGCGGAAACCAUCUUGAAGGUGUGCAAGUUGUGCUCUCUUGUUUCAGUUAUCGAUGGGCGAAAGCAUGGACAAGAGGUCUCGUUCGU